GCGGCGACUUUAUUGUGGGCAUUAUCAAAGCACGUAACCUAACCCACAAAGGAGGUAGUAAGGACGCAAAGGAUUACAUACCCAGUCCGUAUUGCGUGGUUGAGUUUGGGAAACAGACCAAACGUACCACCACAGCCGUGAAGAACGCGUCACCGCUGUGGCGAGAGCAGUGUACGUUUACGGUAGCACCCGCGGAGGAUCACUGUACGUACACGUUCAAG